AGCCAUUGAGCUCAGGGCAGAUCUUAUGGCUGCUGUAGACAGGCUCCUUAGAUAGGCCGUAUCUGGCGAGAGGCGCGCAGGUGCUUUGAGAGGCCCCGAAGCCGCGGGAUCUCGCCGAUGACAGAGGCCUCCAUUCUUUCUGACAAGCUUAGGAGGUAUGGCACUUUGGGCGCAGGGAUCAUCCCAGAUGCGCUAGCGACCAUUCGGUUUCUGGAGGCCACCAAGGCCAAAGCAAAGGCUUCAAGGGCUCAAAAGGCUCCAAAGGCCUCGCCCAGCAAAGCUCCAGCUCCUGCGAGCGGCAGCCGAACUUGGAAAAAGCCAAGCGGCAGAGGACCGUUGACGCGGCAGGAGGUUUCGGAGCUGCUGGACGAGACCAUCCGAGUUCAAGGCAUCGUGCAGAUCGAGAUCAGCCAACUCGCUCGGGACCUGGCCAAGGAGAGGUCCGACAAGAAGAAGAAGAAGAGUCUGUCCAUACCAGAGGCCUACCAGCGAAUCAAGGAGCUGAAGUUGCCCAUAGACCCCUUGGAGGAGCUCGACCUCUCCGAGCAGGCUUUUCAGAAGUUGAUCUCGCAGUACGAGAACGACGAAGAGGUGUCUGUGAAGGCUCAGCUGCUGCUCCACCCGGAGCCAAAGGGCGACACCGUUCGAGCUCGCAGUAUUUCGGUGGAAAAGAUCAUCGAGAUCCACCAAUUCAUGGUGGUUCGGAUGCAAAAGGUUCUCACGGAGUUCCUUACGUUAGACCAGGAGACCCGCAGAAGUUUCAGCAACAAGGCGUGCGAGACCACUGCUGAACUUCUGGUGUCCAUUGCUGUGGAGCAGCAAGGUGUCCACUGCGAGGAUGUAGAGCAGGCUGGGCUGCACGAAAACGUGCUGGCCAACCAUCCCGAGUUUGCUCGUUGCACUGAACAGCUGGCGAACAUGAUGCAGCACCUCACAGGUUCAGCUCAGCCUCGCGCGGAGAAGGCGUGCGCCACACAUUUCUUCUGGAACACGUGGCUGCUCGAGGCAGAUUUCCUAGAAGUGCUCCGGAACAUGGCCAAUCACGCCCAGGCAUCCAAGGAGUUCUCCAAAAAGGUCUACGAGGACUACCGCGCGAAGAGCUGCAAUGCGGGCCAGGCCUACCGCCGCUUCGAGGACUUCAACGCGGCCCAGCCGGUGCUGAAAGAGGGCCUCGAGGACCUCACGCCCGUGGAGCUGCAGCUCUGCUACGACGAGUACCGGGAGGACCCUGAGGUGCAGCAGGCUUGGAACAAAGCCGGCGUGGAGAACAGCUUGAAUCUGGCCAGCUCCCUGUCGCUGAAGCCUGGUGCCUCGCCGGAGGACAAGAAGGGGAAGAAGAUCAAGCCAUCUGAGAUUGUGGAGAUGCAGGAGCUCAUGGUGGACGAAAUGAAGCGGCUCUGCGAGGCGUCCAGAGAAGCAGCCAAGGCUUCGCAGAAGCCCUGGCAAGCGGACACCGCCAUGCAAAUGGUCCAAGCGCUGGCAAGCGCUGCGGUGGAAAGGAGGUACGGCGCCUCACCGGAGGAGGUCACCAUGGCAGGGCUGCAGAACGCUCCAACUCUGCAAAAGAACGAGCGCUUCGUUCGAGCCACGGAGAAGCAGCAGGAGAUCAUCAUGACCGUGGCCAGUUUUUGCUCGCAAAGCCAAUGAUGGAAACGAUCCAGCUUUGAAUCAUUGAAUCGGGCUAGUAUUGACUGGAUGUUGGACA